AUGAGCGCUGUGUUUCAUACUACGGCGGUGUGGGCGGCGCUGCUGCUACAGCUGGCAGUCGUAGCGGCGGCGCCCUGGAACACGGGCUGCCUCUUCUCCAGGGACCCAGACUGUUGGCGAUCGCACGCAGGCAAUGGUGGGGACGGUGGAGACAGUGUAACUGGAGGAGAUGGAGGGGAUGGUGGAAAUGGAGGUAAUGGUGGAGAUGCAGGCGACAGCAGCAAUGGUGGUGAUGCCGGUGAUGGAGGAGAUGGUGGUGAUGGAGGCAAUGGUGGUGAUGCUGGUGAUGGAGGAGAUGGUGGUGAUGGUGGCAAUGGAGGUGAUGGUGGAGAUGGAGGUGAUGGAGGCAGUGGUGGUGAUGCUGGCAAUGGAGGUGAUGGUGGCAAUGGUGGUGAUGGAGGUGAUGGAGGCAAUGGUGGUAAUGCUGGAGAAGGAGGAGAUGGUGGUGAUGGAGGCAAUGGUGGUGAUGCUGGUGAUGGAGGAGAUGGUGGUGAUGGAGGCAACGGUGGUGAUGCUGGUGAUGGAGGUGAUGGUGGAAAUGGAGGCGAUGGUGGAGAUGGAGGUGAUGGAGGCAGUGGUAGUGAUGCUGGCAAUGGAGGAGAUGGUGGUGAUGGUGGUGAUGGUGGCAAUGGUGGUGAUGCUGGUGAUGGAGGAGAUGGUGGUGAUGGUGGCAAUGGAGGCAACGGUGGUGAUGCUGGAGAUGGUGGAAAUGGAGGCGAUGGUGGUGAUGGAGGUGAUGGAGGCAAUGGUGGUGAUGCUGGAGAUGGAGGUGAUGGAGGCAGUGGUGGUGAUGCUGGAGAUGGAGGAGAUGGUGGUGAUGGAGGCAAUGGUGGUGAUGCUGGUGAUGGAGGUGAUGGUGGAAAUGGAGGCGAUGGAGGUGACGGAGGCAGUGGUGGUGAUGGUGGCAAUGGAGGAGAUGGAGGAAAUGGAGGCGAUGGUGGAGAUGGAGGUGAUGGAGGCAAUGGCAGUGAUACUGGUGAUGGAGGUGAUAGUGGAAAUGGCGGUGAUGGUGGAGAUGGCGGUGAUGGAGGCAAUGGUGGUGAUGCUGGUGAUGGAGGAGAUGGUGGUGAUGGUGGCAAUGGAGGCAAUGGUGGUGAUGCUGGAGAUGGUGGAAAUGGAGGCGAUGGUGGUGAUGGAGGUGAUGGAGGCAGUGGUGGUGAUGCUGGAGAUGGAGGUGAUGGAGGCAGUGGUGGUGAUGCUGGAGAUGGAGGAGAUGGUGGUGAUGGAGGCAAUGGUGGUGAUGCUGGUGAUGGAGGAGAUGGUGGUGAUGGAGGCAACGGUGGUGAUGCUGGUGAUGGAGGUGAUGGUGGAAAUGGAGGCAAUGGUGGAGAUGGAGGUGAUGGAGGCAGUGGUGGUGAUGCUGGCAAUGGAGGUGAUGGUGGCAAUGGUGGUGAUGGAGGUGAUGGAGGCAAUGGUGGUGAUGCUGGAGAUGGAGGAGAUGGUGGUGAUGGUGGUGAUGGAGGCAACGGUGGUGAUGCUGGUAAUGGAGGUGAUGGUGGAAAUGGAGGCGAUGGUGGAGAUGGAGGUGAUGGAGGCAAUGGCAGUGAUACUGGUGAUGGAGGUGAUGGUGGAAAUGGCGGUGAUGGUGGAGAUGGCGGUGAUGGAAGCAAUGGUGGUGAUGCUGGCAAUGGAGGUGACGGUGGCAAUGGUGGUGAAGGAGGCAAUGGAGGUACUGGUGGUGAUGCUGGAGAUGGAGGAGAUGGUGGUGAUGGUGGUGAUGGUGGCAAUAGUGGUGAUGCUGGUGAUGGAGGUGCUGGUGGAAAUGGUGGUGAUGGUGGAGAUGGAGGUGAUGGAGGCAGUGGUAGUGAUGCUGGCAAUGGAGGAGAUGGUGGUGAUGGUGGUGAUGGAGGCAAUGGUGGUGAUGCUGGUGAUGGAGGAGAUGGUGGUGAUGGUGGCAAUGGAGGCAACGGUGGUGAUGCUGGAGAUGGUGGAAAUGGAGGCGAAGGUGGUGAUGGAGGUGAUGGAGGCAGUGGUGGUGAUGCUGGAGAUGGAGGUGAUGGAGGCAGUGGUGGUGAUGCUGGAGAUGGAGGAGAUGGUGGUGAUGGAGGCAAUGGUGGUGAUGCUGGUGAUGGAGGUGAUGGUGGAAAUGGAGGUGAUGGAGGUGAUGGAGGCAGUGGUGGUGAUGGUGGCAAUGGAGGAGAUGGAGGAAAUGGAGGCGAUGUUGGAGAUGGAGGUGAUGGAGGCAAUGGCAGUGAUACUGGUGAUGGAGGUGAUGGCGGAAAUGGCGGUGAUGGUGGAGAUGGCGGUGAUGGAAGCAGUGGUGGUGAUCCUGGCAAUGGAGGUGACGGUGGCAAUGGUGGUGAUGGAGGCAAUGGAGGUAGUGGUGGUGAUGCUGGAGAUGGAGGAGAUGGUGGUGAUGGUGGCAAUAGUGGUGAUGCUGGUGAUGGAGGUGCUGGUGGAAAUGGUGGUGAUGGUGGAGAUGGAGGUGAUGGAGGCAGUGGUAGUGAUGCUGGCAAUGGAGGAGAUGGUGGUGAUGGUGGUGAUGGAGGCAAUGGUGGUGAUGCUGGUGAUGGAGGAGAUGGUGGUGAUGGUGGCAAUGGAGGCAACGGUGGUGAUGCUGGUGAUGGAGGAGAUGGUGGUGAUGGUGGCAAUGGAGGCAACGGUGGUGAUGCUGGAGAUGGUGGAAAUGGAGGCGAUGGUGGUGAUGGAGGUGAUGGAGGCAGUGGUGGUGAUGCUGGAGAUGGAGGUGAUGGAGGCAGUGGUGGUGAUGCUGGAGAUGGAGGAGAUGGUGGUGAUGGAGGCAAUGGUGGUGAUGCUGGUGAUGGAGGAGAUGGUGGUGAUGGAGGCAAUGGUGGUGAUGCUGGUGAUGGAGGUGGUGGUGGAAAUGGUGGUAAUGGUGGAGAUGGAGGUGAUGGAGGCAGUGGUAGUGAUGCUGGCAAUGGAGGAGAUGGUGGUGAUGGUGGUGAUGGUGGUGAUGGAGGCAAUGGUGGUGAUGCUGGUAAUGGAGGAGAUGGUGGUGAUGGUGGCGAUGGAGGCAACGGUGGUGAUGCUGGAGGUGGAGGUGAUGGUGGAAAUGGAGGCAAUGGUGGUGAUGCUGGUGAUGGAGGUGAUGGUGGAAAUGGAGGUAAUGGCGGAGAUGGAGGUGAAGGAGGCAGUGGUGGUGAUGCUGGAGAUGGUGGAGAUGGUGGCGAUGGAGGAAAUGGCGGUGAUGCUGGCGAUGGAGGUGAUGGUGGAAAUGGAGGUGAUGGUGGAGAUGGAGGUGAUGGAGGCAGUGGUGGCGAUGCUGGAGAUGGAGGAAAUGGUGGUGAUGGUGGUGAUGGAGGCAAUGGUGGUGAUGCUGGUGAUGGAGGUGAUGGUGGAAAUGGAGGUAAUGGCGGAGAUGGAGGUGAAGGAGGCAGUGGUGGUGAUGCUGGCAAUGGAGGUGAUGGUGGAAAUGGUGGUGAUGGUGGAGAUGGAGGAAAUGGUGGUGAUUCUGGCAGUGGUGGCAGUGGAGGAAGUGGAGGAGAUGGUGGUAAUGGUGGAAGUGGUGGCAGUGAUGGCAGUGAUGGUAGUGAUGGCACUGAUGGCAGUGACGGAGGCAAUGGUGAUGAUGCUGGAAAUGGAGGUGAUGGUGGGGAUGGAGGAGAUGGAGGUAAUGGAGGCAGUGGUGGCGAUGCUGGCGAUGGUGGUGAUGGUGGGGAUGGAGGUAGUGGUGGAGGUGCUGGUAACGGUGGUGAUGGUGGAAGUGGUGGUGAUGGUGGAGAUGGAAGUGAUGGAGGCAGUGGUGGUGAUGCUGGUGAUGGUGGCAAUGGUGGUGAUGGAGGCAAUGGUGGUGAUGCUGGUAAUGGAGGUGAUGGUGGAAAUGGUGGAGAUGGAGGUGAUGGAGGCAGUGGUGGAGAUUCUGGCAAUGGAGGUGACGGUGGAAAUGGUGGUGAAGGUGGAGACGGUGGCAAUGGUGGUGAUUCUGGCAAUGGAGGAGAUGGUGGAGAUGGUGGUGAUGGUGGAAAUGGAGGCAGUGGUGGUGAUGCUGGGGAUGGAGGUAAUGGUGGCAAUGGUGGUGAUGGAGGUGAUGGUGGUGAUGCUGGUAAUGGUGGAGGUGGAGGAAGUGGAGGUGAUGGUGGAAAUGGAGGAGAUGGAGGCAAUGGUGGUAAUGGUGGCAACGGAGGUAAUGGUGGAGAUGGUGGUAAUGGAGGUAAUGGUGGAGAUGGUGGAGAUGGCGGUAAUGGAGGUAAUGGAGGUGAUGGUGGAGAUGGUGGUGAUGGUGGCAAUGGAGGUAAUGAUGAUGAUGGCCAGUCUAAUAAUGAAAGUGGCAGCAGUGAUGGAGGCAGUGAUUCUGAUGGUGGCAUUGGUGACUGCCCGGCCGUCGGCAGUUGUCCAUUACACGAAGAUGCUGGAUCAGAUGUUACACUGUUGCCCCAUGCCACUGAUUGUGGACAGUAUUGUGUAUGUGACCAUGGCGUUCCAGUAGCCAUGCCUUGUCCUGCAGGACUCCACUUCAACCCAGAGCUGAGAGUCUGCGACUGGCCAUAUGCUGCUGGUUGUGAGGUACAGAACUAA